CAGCCGCAGCCGCAGCCGCUGCAGUGGACGUAACGCCCGGCUGCGCCGCCGCCACCGAUCCUGCCGUUUCCUUCAAAUUGAUCGCGUCCGGCCUCCGUCCCCGUAACUCCACGUGCCUCGGCUCCUUCAGCCUCCAUCCCCAAUUCCCCAUGGACAUGGCGACCUGCCGUCUGCCGACCUGAUUUGAGCCACUGACGACCACGCACGCACUCGUCGGUUCCUCUCACCUCCCCCUCGAUUCCCUUUUUCUAGGUUGGAGCCGCACGCCACCGACGCCGGGAGGCGGCAGCCCGUGCACCCGCGGCCGACGCACUGGACCUGAUCCUCGCCGCCCCUUCGAGCGGAACCGCACACCCACGCCGUACUGCACGCCGGCACGCCGCCGACGCCCGCGCCCUGGUUACAGGAGCUGAUGCAAGUUGUAGGUUUGUACUAUGAGAAGGAUGGUUGUGCACAUCAAUACUCAAAUUGACCUUGAAUGAUUACACUAGAGCUGGUUGAAUAAUAGUGCAUAGUUGAUUCUGGUGGUUCGCAACAUGGGUUCUAGAUUUCCAUCACAUCAGCUGAGCAAUGGCCUGUAUGUAUCUGGCCGACCUGAGCAACCUAAGGAGAAAGCCCCAACCAUUGGCUCCAAUAUGAUGCCGUACACCCAUGGUGACUUGAAGAAAUCUGGAGAGUUUGGGAAGAUGUUUGACCUCCAUGCUGACAAGUCCAGAAAAUCUGGUCCUCUGGGAAAUGCGCCUUCAAGUAAUACUUUAUUUGGGGAUGCUGCUUCUAACUUUGGACCUGUCUUUAAUGCUGGUGGCCGGUCAAACUACUCUGGUUCUAUUUCAUGUUCAGUUCCUGGUGCCGGAGGAUCAGCAAGAGCAAAAUCUAACUCCGGACCAUUCAAUAAGCAUCGAGAACAAGCAAAGUGGUCAUCCGGUCCCCAGUCUGGAGGUGUGAUCCCAAUGACUCGCCAGAAUUCUGGCCCUCUACCUCCAGUACUUCCUACAACUGGGCUUAUCACAUCUGGCCCUCAUUCUUCCGGGCUACUGAAUUCGUUUGGUGCUCCAAGAAGAAAAAUAUCUGCAUCUCUUGAUUCUGCUGCAUCAAUGAAGGUGCAGACUACAUCGCUUGCGCACAACCAGGCUGUUACCACUCUUCCCACCGAAAGUGGUUUCUCAGUUCUGGGAAACAUUUUGAAGUGGGUACUCUGGUCAGUGAUCACACUCUUGCUGAUGGGGUUUGCAAUAGGUCUCUUCAUUCUUGUUGUUGUUCACAAUGCAGUUGUGCUAAUAGUUGUUGUUGCUGCAAUUGUGCAUUGGAAUGUUUUCAGGGGCAGGAGAGGCGUGCUCGGGUUUGUCAAUAGCUAUCCCGAUACUGAUCUCAGAACUGCAAAAGAUGGAGAGUAUGUGAAGGUUACAGGGGUUGUUACGUGUGGAAAUUUCCCACUGGAGUCCUCAUUUCAAAGGAUUCCGAGAUGUGUGUACACUUCAACUAGGCUGUAUGAGUAUAGGGGCUGGGGUUCCAAAACUGCAAACCCCAAGCAUCGCCGGUUUACCUGGGGUUUACAGAGAGCAGAGCGUUUUGCGGUCAAUUUCUACAUUUCAGAUUUUCAAUCCGGGCUUCGAGCAUUGGUGAGAACAGGAAGUGGUGCACCGGUGACACCAUAUGUCGAUGAGUCGAUAGUAGUUGACAUCAAUCCUGACAACAAGGAUAUGUCUCCUGAAUUUCUAAGAUGGCUGCGAGAAAGGAACCUCUCAAGUGAUGUUCGGAAAAUGCGCCUAAAAGAAGGAUACAUCAAGGAAGGCAGCACUGUGAGUGUGAUGGGGGUUGUUCAAAAGAGCGGGAGCAUGUUGAUGAUAGUACCUCCAUCGGAGCCCGUCUCAUCUGGUUGCCUGUGGGGGAAGUGCUUAUUGCCAUUGAACCUUGACGGACUAGUCUUGAGAUCUGAAGAUGCUUCAGACAUGGAUGUCAUACCAGUAUAGCAAGCCGAGUGAUGUGAGAUAGCUGCUGGUGAAGUGGGAACGUUGGCCCGUCGAAUAUUUGACCUUGGGUUGGGUUUGCUUGGUAGAAUACUAGAGCUGAGAAAGAUGUACAAAUGUUACGUGUGAUUAUGGCUACUAAAGAUCGAGUAUGGCCGGGUGAUCUGUGUUUUCAAGUGUAUACACCUUUUUCAAUGUAUUACGUCCUCUUUUGGUCGUUUUUGGUUA